UGACAGCAAAAAGCCAUGGCCGGUAAGUCGCGCACUGUCUUAAAAGGACAGCUCUUGGGGAAAAACGGUUUUGGCUUUUACUUCUCGGAAUGUUCAGACAAGGAUCUGAAGGGCAAGAGGAAGCAGUUCAUCAACUCGGUCGGCAUGGGGACGGUCAACGGCUUGCUGGAUGAACUCUUUGAGAAAAAUGUGCUGAACCAGGAGGAGAUGGAGAGAGUAAAAUGUGAAAACGCUACCGUUAUGGAUAAGGCCCGAGCUCUGAUCGACAGCGUCCUGCGAAAAGGGCCACGGGCGUGCCAGAUCUUUAUCUGUCACAUCUGUGAGGAAGACACCCACCUUGCAGAGACGCUGGGGCUCUCCUCAAGCCCACAAUCUGGAAAUUCUCAGAACACCACGGACUCUGAAGUAGCGUUUCCUCCUCUUCCAGAGGACAAACACGACAAAAACCCAUUUAAGAUUUUGGAAUCUGUGGGCAAAGAGCUCCUUACUGGCGUUUUGCAAGACUUGGUGGAGAAAGAUGUCCUGAAAUUGGAGGAAGCAGAAAAGAAAAAAUUUCAUGAUGCCAAACCUGGAGACAAGCCCCGGGUCUUUCUGAACUCAGUGCGUCAGAAACCCAAGGAGGCAGGUCAAGCCAUUGUCCAAACUUUCCUUAAUACGGACAAGCAUUCUACCAGUUUAGAAGCUAGCGUGAAUAACAUGCCUGGGCCGGCUGAGCCAGAAGAAUCUGUAGAUGCUCUCAAGCUUUGUCCUCGUGAAAACUUCGUGAAACUGUGUAAACAGAGGGCUGAAGAGGUGCUGUGCUCGUCCGGACUGGUGGGUGAGGCUUUCAAAGGGGAGGAAGACAAACUGAACUCACUGCAAAUCCAUUUCUGGCAGAUCUACCCAAUAAAGGAGAGAAAGGAUCGUACUCGUCUGGCUCUCAUCAUAUGCAAUACGACGUUCGAUCAUCUUUCUCUCAGGAAGGGGGCUGACCUCGACGUUGCAGGGAUGAGGAGGCUGCUUACAGACCUUGGCUACAGUGUGCACAUAAAAGAGGAACUCACUGCUAAGGACAUGGAAUCAGAGCUGAGGGCAUUUGCUGCCCGUCCAGAGCACAAGUCCUCGGACAGCACAUUCCUGGUGUUCAUGUCUCAUGGCAUCCUGAGUGGAAUCUGUGGGACGAAGUACAGCGCUGAAGGAGACCCAGAUGUAUUGGCUUAUGACACCAUCUUCCAGAUUUUCAACAACCGCAACUGCCUUAGUCUAAAGGACAAGCCCAAGGUCAUCAUCGUCCAGGCCUGCAGAGGUGAAAAUUUGGGGGAACUGUUGAUCAGUGACUCUCCAGCGGCCCCAAUGGACAGCACUUCACAGAUGGGUAGCAGCCUUUCACAGGUGGGUGACAACCUAGAGGACGACGCCAUUUACAAGGUCCAUGUGGAGAAGGACUUCAUCGCUUUCUGCUCCUCGACCCCACAUCAUGUGUCUUGGAGAGACGUGAACAAGGGAUCUCUCUUCAUUACACAACUCAUCACGUGCUUCCAAAAGUAUUCGUGGUGCUCUCAUCUGGAGGAAGUAUUUCGGAAGGUACAACAGUCAUUUGAAAAACCAAAUGUUAGAGCCCAGAUGCCCACCAUUGAACGACUAUCCAUGACAAGAUACUUCUAUCUCUUCCCUGGCAAUUGAAAAUAGUAAGUAUCAAGAGCUGUUGGCAGGCAAUCAUGGGCAGUCCAGCCCUUCUUGACCAACUUGGAAAAGUACCUUAGCUAGCACAACACACUCAUUUAACGUUUGGUAUCUCAAUAAAAAUGAAAACAACUAAACUGUGCCCUGUAAAUCCUCCAAAAGAGAAUAUAAUUUCAAUUAAAAUGGUGGCUGGUUGGAAAUGAAGUGUAAGAAGCAAGCUGGAUUUUCCAGCUUAAUGACUCCUAUAGUGUCUGCAUGUCACUGGGUGAAGACAGCUGGCCAUGACUUUGGCCCUCAGUACAAGGUGAAAGGAGACAGUGCCCAUCUGGAGACCAACACUGUAAAUUAGCUCGCCAUUUGUACACUCUCAAACCCUGGAUCUAUAUGAUGAUGUAGAACAAAUUUUCUAAUUCAUUACUUAAUCAACAUGAUCUGUUGGGCUCAUUUUUUUUCCUCAGUAAACUAUUAUGAUUUCAGCAAAUUAA